AUGUCUGCUCCAAAACCAAGUGAAAAGGAACAAAAACAAGAAAAUGACGAGAAACAGGAAAAACAAGCUGCUAAUAGCGACGAAGAACAGCCUCUGAAACCGAAAAAAACAAGAAAAUCAUACAAAUUCGAUGUUAAUUUCUUAAUGGAUGAAGAUAUCGGACUUACAAAACUUUACAAGCAUCUACAAUCAUUCGAUCCAAAUCUUUACCCAGAUCAACCAGAAGAAGCACUUGAAAAAAUUUUAAUUAUCUAUAAGAAAUGGAUGCAUAGAUUAUAUCCUUCUGAUUUUGAUGAAACAGCAAGGAGAAUUGCAAAAGCUCCUUCAGCAAAAAGAAUAGUUCGUGAAUUUAUUUAUGAAGUAAAUGGUGGAGAUCCAUAUAUUUAUGAUGAAGGAGAUGAAUUCGGCGAAGUUCUAUUCCCAUCAUUACAUAAAAGGGCGACAAAUGAAGAAAAUCCUGCUCCUGUUGAAGAAGAACCAAAACAGAAUCCUCCCCCCGAAAGCACUACACCAAAGGAAAAGGCUACAAACUUCCUCAGCGACCAAGAGUCAGACAAUGGAGAUGCAGGUGAUUCCCAAGAUAUUCCAGAUAUUCUUGAUCUUUUCUCUUCUCAAAGAAAUUAA